AUGCUGGGUUCGGGGCGGCCGUUUCUGCUGGAGCUCAAAGGGGUGAGGCGAGUGCCUACUGCUGAGGAGAUCAGGAGGAGUGAGCGGGACACCACCCUCAGUUCUCCUCCCAACACCGCGGCGCCACGUCCUCCUCCCCUCCCCCCCUACCACCCCUCCCUCCUCCCUCCACACAGGUGCGCAUGCUGGGUGCGCAUGCUGGGUUCGGGGCGGCCGUUUCUGUUGGAGCUCAAAGGGGCGAGGCGAGUGCCUACAGCUGAGGAGUUAGGGAGGAUAGAGAAGGAGAUCAACGAGCAGGAGAGGGGCAAGGUGGGCGUGUGUCAACUACAGCUGGCAGAUUCACGUGUGUGUGCAUUGAUGCGGCAGGGGGAGGCGGAGAAGCAGAAAUCAUACGUGGCAGUGGUGUGGAUCUCUCGACCAAUCGCACAAGCUGACGUUGGAAAACUGGAGAGCAUAAAGGACCUGGAGCUGCAGCAGAAGACCCACCUUUCCUCUCGCAUACACACACGAGUUUUAUGCCUUUUUCCUCCUCUCAUCCCAACAGGAGCUCCAGCAGAAGACCCCCAUCCGAGUGUUACACAGACGGAGCCCUCUCACUCGCCCUCGAACCAUCUACAGCAUGCAGUGUCAUCUGUGCUCUAUGGUGUCACGUGGUGCCAUGUGGUGCCAUCUGGUGCCAUCAAACCCACACGUGUUCCUUCUCCACCUCACCACUCAGGCAAGUCAUACAGUGCGGUGCCACAUGGUGUCGCAUGGGACAUAUGCACACUCCUCACACUGCUGAACUUCACCUCUUGGCCGUCUCUCUCCUUUCCUGCUGCUGCUGCUGCUGCUGCUGCUGCUCCUUUUGGUGUUGUGGCUGUUGCUGCUGCUACUGCUGCUGCUGCUGCUACUGCUGCUGCUGCUGCUGCUGCUCCUUCUGGUCUUGUGGCUGUUGCUGCUGUUGCUCCUUGUGGGUGUGCAGGCGGGUACUUAGGCGGGUACUUAUGUUAA